AUGGCCAGAGCUAUUUUUAAUGUUCCAAUGGAACCACUGCUGCAGGACACUACGUCCCAUCAAAGGUCAAUUUCUGGGACGUGCAAGUUGAGGAGUGCGAGCGAGCCCUCCUCACUGUCCUUUGCCGAGUGGCUCAGCUGCAAGCAGGAGAUGGAUAAUUUUGGCUACAGUUUCCAGUGCGAGAGAGACUGGCCUUUGUUUGACCGGGUCACCGAAGCCUGCAGAAGCAUCCGGCAACCGUCCCUGGUGACCUCCGAAGAUACUGACCUCAGCGACGACCCCGAGAGGACCUUGCCCUCCCGCCACAAGCGGAGAGGGAGGAUCAACGUGCGCAGGUUCCACCAGACCCCGGCCAAGGGCCCGGCGGGUGAAUGGGGGGCCACUGGCGGGGAACUGGGGGAACCGGCGCCGCGGAAUAGGCCGGUGGCGCCCGCGUGGGGAAUCCCGUUCUCCCCAGAGAGCCAGUGUCCACUCUACCCCAGCGAGGAUGUCUGGUCUGGCAGUGAAGAAGAUUUGGAACUGGCCUUCGUAAAUCAGUUUCUCAUGGCCAGAGGUGAGGCCAUGCCGAAGGAUGAUGAGCCCAGGAGCCCGCAUGUGAUCUUGAUCUCUGGUACGCAGGUACAUCCUUCCAAAAGCCAGUGGCCCGUGGUCCCCACGACUGAAUCCAUGCGUUCCACGCGAAUGUCCAUAUCUGGGUGUCACCGUCCAUGCCAGUGUCAUGCGGCAGGUGCCAGUGUUGGAUCCAGUGCCGCCAUGGGGAUGGGGGGCUACAUUGGAGGUGACCUUCACAGUGACUACCAUUUACAGGGGGGCAAGAGGGAGGUCUUUGGCCCUGGAUUUAAACGCACUCGAGACACACGGGGAUCUGGGGAUUGUGAGGACACUCUGCAGGAAGGCACACGUGACCAAAGGCAGCCCAGUGAGGACGGCCAACACUCUGCCGAGCUCGUCGAGGGUCUUCAUCAAAGCACGUUGGGGGAGGAGAUGGUGACACCGACCUUUGUCAGUGACUUAAGCGGCGUCCCCUUUCCAAUAAGCAGCGAGCCAACAACAGGCGGAGGAGAAUCGACGCCUGAAGGUUUAGCGGAAGCAGGGAAAUGCGAGACAGAUUACUCCAUCACAGUCCCAGAGAUCUACGAGUAUUUUUACACAGACGGUGGCGAGCAGGCGGAUCGGAGCACUCUCUCCUUGCUCGUGCCCCCCGACCCUGCAGAGCGCGGCCGUCGACAGCGCAGGGAGAUGAACUUCCUGAAAGCUCUCAAGAUCUUUGUAUCGAAGCACUUGCCGGCGUCGAGGCAAGCGCACUCGGCAGUAACGCCCGCUGGCACGUCCAACACCUCUGCCUUGGCAAAGUUCAAUGCCUACCCUGACCCCAGUCCGUCGGAUGGGGCACUGAUGAUGUACACACCAGCUGAUGGAAGCCAGACCAUGCUGGAAGGCUUUGUGCGGGAAGGGAGAGGAGGUCUGUGUCGCUCCUGCAUCCAGAACAACGUGUGUCUCUUCUGCUUUGCCUGUGCAUCGUGGGCCUUGAAAUCUGCAACUUCCAAUUCCGACAUGUGGAAAGCCGCGUUGCUGGUGAACCUCAGUACCAUUUUCACUGUGAGAUACUUCAGGAGACACGUGCAGCGAGAAGACUCAAACAUCGUGGCCCUCCCGGAUACCCAGUGACACUCCUGUGCCAAACGGUUACAUCAGUUUGCAGGUUUCUCUGUGAAAGUAUGAACCCAUGUAAAACAGGGGGGCACUUGUUUGACUGCGGUUUUGACUUUCGUGUAAUUAGAAGGCAGUGGAGAGGCAGCGGUAGAGUUGCUGUCUUACAACUCCAGAGUCCCGGGUUCGAUCCUGACUACGGGUGCUGUCUGUGCAGUGUUUGUACGUUCAACCCGUAACCUGCCUGGGUUUUCUCCGGGAUCUCCGGUUUCCUCCCACACUCCAAAGACGUACAGGUAUGUAGGGUGUUUGGUUUGGUAUGAUUGUAAAUUGUCCCCAUAUGUGUAGGAUAGCGCUAGUGUAUGGGGUGAUCGCUGGUAGGUGUGGACUCGGCGGACUCUAAAAUAAACAAAAGACCAGUUUACCAUGUUCAUAGUUUUGAUGCUGUGAAAUAAGCCAGGCCAACAUGUUGCUGACAGUCUGAAGAAGGGUCCUGACCCUAAACGUCACCUAUCCAUAUUCUCCAGAGAUGCUGCCUGGCCUCCAAUGUUAUUCCAGCACAUUGUAUCUUUUUUUUUGUAAACCAGCAUCUGCAGUUCCCUUUGUCAACUUGCUGUUAUCUCAUGGAAAUCAACAGCAGAUAUUGAAUAUCACAAUAUUCUGUACAAAAGUACAAAAUACUCAGCAGUUUGGUCAAAAACCCUGUGCCCCUAUCCCAUCACUCUCCCCACAGGCACUGCCCAAACCUGUCGAAUGUUUCCAGGGUUUUCAGUUCUGUUGCAACACAUGUU